CAGGUCCCCCUCUUUCCUCUCGCCAUUUGCUGCUUGCCCUCCUCGCUUCCGCCUCCUACGCUUCCUCUCCGCCGCUUCUUCCUCCUCCUCCUCCUCCCUCCCGCCUCGCCUGUGCCGGGAUCCUUAACAGCGCGCCACCUCCGCGCCUCUUGUCCCCACGACUUGAGCUGCUCGCCAGACUCUCCCCGCCAAAUUUUCGUUUCUUCUUUCUUUUCGUGUUGAGUCAUUUGGCCCCGGGUUGGCUGCCUUCGGUCGCCGGCGAGCGGUUUUUAGUGGCUCCUGGGCGACCCCGGUGAGAAAGGCGCGACCUUUCAUCGAGUUCCUUGUUUCUGCCGGCGCCGCUGCCGGCUGCUUCUGUCCUGGGCUCUCGGCGCACGCGAGGUGCUGAGGGGAAGCGGUGAUUUGAGCUCUGGGGCUGGCUCAUGGCAUCCAUGGCGCAGGUGGAGGAAAGGGAUGGACUGGAUUCAUGUGCCUUGCCAAUUGACAAAAGACUACCCUUGGAUGCGGUCAAAUCUCCCCUGAUUGAUGAUGCAACGCAACCCAAGGAGGGGAUGGAUGGGUACCCUGUCAAGGUUCGGAAGCCCUACACGAUCACGAAGCAGCGGGAGAAGUGGACGGAACAAGAGCAUGAGAGGUUUUUGGAGGCACUGAAGCUUUAUGGCCGGUCUUGGCGCCAGAUACAAGACCACAUUGGCACAAAGACUGCUGUCCAGAUUCGAAGCCAUGCUCAGAAGUUUUUCUCAAAGGUGGUGCGCGAGCCUGGGGCAAGUAAUGCUAUUGAGAUUCCACCCCCUAGGCCAAAGAGAAAACCACUGCAUCCAUACCCUCGCAAGUGUGCCAGUUCCAGCACUGUGGCGAAUCCAGCAAUGGGCCAAUCGAAACUUGCUCCUAUUUCGUCGCCUUAUGGUUCCGACCAAGAAAAUGGUUCUCCAGUGUCAGUGCUAUCUGCAGUGCAAUCGGAUGCUUUCGGAUCUUCUGUAUCAAAUCCGUCGACAGGGUGUACAUCUCCUGUGUCAUCGGAUGAUGGGAACAAUGUCCCUGCAUUGGUGAGUGGAGAGGAAAGUUUGCCUUCUCAACAAACAGAGAUCGAUCAGUCUCGCAAGGAAAUAAAGCAGGACAACAGCGAUGGCGAUUUAUCUGAAGAGGAUUCAUUGGGAGUGCAGGAAACAAGUUUGAAGCUGUUUGGGAAGACAGUUAUCAUUCCAGACUCGAGGAAAGUGUGUUCCUCGGAUGGGGGACACAGAGAUGGUGCACAAAGCUCCGAAUCCUCUAUCCAAGAAACGUUGCAAGCACCCUCAGUUGGAGGGGUCGCAGCAUAUACUGCACCUAAUGGAUGGCUUCUUCGAUAUAAUUCAUUCCCAUUCCAUGUGGGUGAAUCAGGUGAUGCUAAGAUUGGCCCUCUUCAUCUAUGGUGGCCUUACUACGGAUUUCCCAUAGGCCAUCCAAGGGGUUUAAGUACAGGACUGUAUAAUGAAGCUACCGGUGAGAGUGAUACCGGGAAAAGUCCUUCGGUCGAAUCGAGUUCAGACUCCAUGGGCAAUGUUCAGACAACGAUUCUGCAGAAUUCCAAAGUUGUCAAGGAGCCACUUGGAACAAUUCAGAUGCUGGAGUCAGCCCAAAAUUUUGAGCUGAAACCGAGCGUGAAUUCGGCCUUUGUUAGAGUAAAGCCGAGCAGCAGCAGAGAUCAAUCGGUAAGGGGAUUUGUGCCAUAUAAGAGGUGUAAAGUUGAAUAACCCAAGCAGACAGUAUUUCUCUGCAGCUAAUUUAACUGAGAUUAAUUCUGAACAGUAGGAACCAGUUGCACACGUUCUUCCAGUGUGUACAAUUUUUUACUUGCCGAGAGGCAGGGAUUGGCCGUGUAUGUGUAUUAUUGCUUCCUGCUUGCAGCUUAAGAAGCUGCAAGUAGUUUGCUGUUAAGCGUAGACUGAAGAAAGGUUUUGCAGGGAUGCCGAUCUCUGACCUGUUGUUAUAUAAGGGAACCAUGAUUUAUUGUA